AUGGCGAAGGUGACUAUGAUAACUUCCAUCUUCGCAGCAGCUUUAUGGGUUACAGCCGACGCUUCAUCUGUCCGAACGCUACACAGAGGCCUUGGAAAGGCUCUUCAACUGCCUCCGGGAAACGACGACUACAACGGAUGCUUGGACAAUAUCUUUGACAAUGCUCAGGUGAAUUUCAAUAACCAAACCGGAAUUGAUCUGAGCUUAACAUGGAAGAAUGCUACCAUAUUCAGCGAGCAGGUUGACACCCUUAUCAAGGUGGGAGUCGACAGUUUUGUGAAGGUGUGCAAUGCUCGUCAGCAGUAUGCUCAAAAGCUUGGCUUCAUGUAUCCGUCAUGUAUAAAUCGCUUUUACCUCCUGAAUCGUGAUGCAACCGACUUCGAUGACGCUGUCACCUACGUGCACACCUUUAAACACCUCGAGUUUCUGUGCAGUACUGGAUUUGAUGUGUUCCAAUUUCAACUUCCGUGUAUCGUCAAUGCUGAGAAUGAAGAUGGCUCCCUCUAUCAGGCAUGUUUCUACAAAUUCCAACAGACUGUCAGCAAGAAUCCUUAUCGUUACUGCGAAGCCAGUGAGACUUUCGUGCUGUGCGUAAGAGACUUCUUUAGCGAGUACUGUGGAGCACAAAGCGGAUGGGUACAAUGCGAAAAAGAACGUAUUGGAUUCGCCUAUGAUUGUCCUGGUCUUUCCUGUUAA